AUGUACGCUGAUGCCACUUGCAAUGCUCUCCCCCCCAUGCCUCUCCACCGAUUGGAGUGCCCCGCGCCUCCCCUAUCCCCCUGCCCUUGUCUGCCCUGUAGGGAUGUCACCGAAAACUUAACCGUCUUCCGCUCUGCACUGUUCCCCACCGAGUGGAUGGCGCUCACAAGGCUGGAGACGUUGCGGGCCGGUCUGAAUGGCUUCACUGGCUCUAUCCCCUCCACCAUCUCCGCCCUCACCGCCCUCACCAUCUUGUACGCCUCCCCUUCCCAUCAUCUAUCAUCUUCCUUACUCUCUCCCCUUCCCAUCCUCUCUCCCCUUUUUUUCCUCUCUCCCCUUUUUUUCCUCUCUCCCCUUCCCAUCCUCUCAAUCCUUCCUUCCUCUCAAUCCUUCUCAUCCGCUCUACUACCCUUCCCAUCCUCUCUCCCCUUUUUGUCCUCUCUCCCCUUCCCAUCCUCUCAAUCCUUCCUUCCUCUCAAUCCUUCCUAUCCGCUCUACCCUUCCCAUCCUCUCUCCCCUUCCCAUCCUCUCUCCCCUUACAUCUUCUCUCCCCUUCCUUCCUCUCCUUCCCCGGAGCUCUACGGGAACAACAUCUCAGGAAGCAGUCCUGCUGGCAUCAGCAAACUGCCAAAACUGGAUUACCUGAAGCAUUCACGCCCGUACCUCACUGUGAAUGCCUCCACAUAUCCCCCACAUCCCCUUCCCUCCACAUCCCCUCCCCUCCACAUCCCCUCUCAACCACAUCCCCUCACCUUCACAACCCCUCACCUUCAUAUUCCCUCCCCUCCACAUCCCCUCGCCUCCACAUCCCCUCUCCACCACAUCCCCCCACCUCCACAUCCCCUCCCCACCACUCCCCUUGCCUCCACAUCCUCUCGCCUCCACAUCCCCUCGCCUCCACGUCCCCUCGCCUCUGCCUGCCCUCAUUGCGUGCAGAGACCUCUCCUGGAAUCAACUCACCUCCAUGCCUUCUGCCAUCAUUGCUGA